UUUCCAAAAAAUAGAUGGACAAUCAUAACCGUUGAUUCUUUUUAUCUCACAGAUGCUUGACAGAUGCCAAACAUUAUUUUUUUUUUCUAAAAUCAAAACAUUUAAUAGUAAAAAACAAACAAAAGUUAACUUCUGCUCCCCGACCUCGUCCGUCGUGGCGGCCAGCCGAUGCAACCAAAGGGAAAGAGCAAGGGAAAAAUCCCCGCGCAUUUUAGCAGGGCUCCUGCUCCCUAUUCCAAUUCUCUUUUCUCUUGCGCGCUUCUGUCCUCCUCUCCAUCGAACUCCCCACAGACCCUAACCUGAUCCCAGAUACUCUACCGAGGGAAGGAAAGAAGGCGAUGUCCAGACCCUGGGGAGGAAUCGGCGCCUGGGCCCUUGAUGCCGAGCGCGCCGAGGCCGAGGAGCGCGAGGGGGCGGAGGCCGAGGCCGCCGCCCGCCCCCCUGCCCUCGCCGCUGGCGAGCCUCCCCAGAGCUUCCCCAGCCUCAAGGAGGCCGCCGCCACCAAGCCCAAGAAGAAAGGCCGUCCCCUCUCCCUCUCCGAGCUCACCAUCGGCGCCUACGUCGGCCCUGGCGGCGGCCGCCGCCACCCAUCCUCCCUCGAGCCCCGCGGCCUCACCCACGACGAGAUGCUCCGCCUCCCCACAGACCCCCGCAUGCGCUCCGCUGAGGAGCUCGAGCAGUCCCGCCUUGGUGGCGGCUUCCGCUCCUCCGGCUAUGGCGCCGGCGGGUUCCUCGGACGGAGGUCCGACGAUGGCAGGAGGACCUACGGCGGCGGCUUCGAGGAGGAGCAGCAGAGGGGUCCGCCAUCUAGGGUGUCUGACCUCGACCAGCCGUCGAGGGCGGAUGAGGUGGACAACUGGGCCGCUAACAAGAAGACAUUCACCCCGGUGGCUUCGAUGGAUUCAGGGCGGCAUGAUCGGUAUAGCUCGCUUGGCAGUGGCAGCUCGUCCAGGGCUGAUGAGGUCGAUAAUUGGUCUCGAGGAAAGUACCCCAGCUUCGGAUCGGGAUUCAGGGAUUCUUCCGGUCCUUCAGAUUCCGAUCGCUGGGUCAGGGGAGGAGCUGGAGUACCGCUGCCGCGCAAUGGGGAGCGCGAAAGACCGAGACUUGUACUGGAUCAGCCCAAGGGAGAUCAUUCAGCAGCGGCAGGGGCGUCGGCAGAACCUGCAAGGAGUCGGCCUAGCCCGUUUGGUGUUGCGAAGCCGAGGGAGGGUUUGGCAGAGAAGGGAUUGGAUUGGAGGAAGUUUGACUCUGAGAUGGAGCUCAACAAGACGAGUAGGCCCACUAGCUCUCACUCCAGCAGGCCUUCGAGCGCUAAGUCGAGUAGACCUGGAAGCCCGGGAUCCCAAGCAGCAGGAGGAGGAGGAGGAGGAGCUAAGGGAGCUCCAAAGGCACGGCAGAAGAUGAAUCCUUUUGGUAACGCCAGGCCGCGAGAAGUUCUGUUAGAGGAGCAGGGGAAGGAUUGGAGGAAGCUAGACCUGGAGCUGGAGCAUCGCAGGGUUGACAGACCAGAGACAGCUGAAGAAAAGCUGCUGAAAGAAGAAAUCAAUCAUCUGAAGAAGGAACUGAAAGAAACAGAAGGGAAUUUGGGUGGUGAUUCUGUGCAAACUUCUGCUGAAGAAAUAACCAGUCUACAUGAUCAGAUAAUUAGGAGAGAGAAAGACUUGGAGCUACUUAUACGUGAAUUGGAUGAUAAGGUUCGGUUUGGACAGAGAGCCACAAGUGAUAUUAGGCCUGGUUCUGGAUCAGGCAGGAUUGGUGUUUCAGAUAGGCAACCUUCACAUUCUGGUAUAUCAGAGGACUCGAGGAGUACAGAGUUCAUGGAGAGACCACGAUCCCGUGGUGGGAAUGGGAGACAUGUGGGUCAGGGCCGAUGGAUGAUAAACGCGGAUCUGAAGGAAUUGGAGAGAGGGGCUUUUUUUGGCAGCAGAGUUAUGGGACAGGUACAUUCAUUCUUUUUCCAUGCUGACUUUCUUGUGCUAUUCUCAUAUUUUGAAACUUCUGUUACUGGGCAUGGUAUCACCUGUUUGAUGUUGUGUCAUCCUAAGAUCUGAAUAACCCACCCUUUGUAUAUUCACUUAAAUUUGGAUUGAAGCUAUCCAACUACACAUUUUCCUUUCUGGGUGGUUUAGCAAAAGUUAUACUCCAUUGAAGGUCAUCUUUAUUUCAGUGCCCCAUUGUUUCUUGCACCUUGAUCAUUAGAAUGCCAGCCACUCUAUAAUUAUUAUUGCUUCUAGCUAGUCUGUUUUUCUGGCUGUGAAAGAACUGACCAUAUGAUUAGGCCAUCCGUUUCAUUUCUGUUUGCAAAGAUAUGAGUGGGUCCCAUGUAAAUUAUGAAGUUAGGGCAUCUAGAGUCUUUGUGGUUGCAUUCUGAUAAAAUUUCAAAUUAUUAAUUCAGAGGACCAACAGGGUAUAUUGAUCAUAUCUUCACAAUGCUACUUAGAAGUUGACUACUAUUUUUAUGACAAUUUUUUGUGAAUGGUUGUCGUCGUUCUCACCUUCCUUUUAUUUUCGGGUCAAAGUCAAGGAGAGAUGGUGAAAAAGCUGUUGCUUUGAAUCUUUUUUGUUUUCUUUUUUUUUGACACAAAAAACAAAAUAAGCUGUUUGUUUUUUAUAUUUUCCUUUUGAUCCUCCUUUCUUUUUUGUUUUGCUAUGUAAGGUGGCAAGAAAUCAUGUGUAACUGAGUUAACAUCUUGUCACGUAAUUUAUUGCUACCUUUGAUGUGGUGUAUUUGAAUUUUGUUUCCAUGUCAAGGCAAGUGGCAGCAGCCUUUGUGACUCUUAGAAGCGUAAGUGUGUUUUCUCUACCUCUAUGGUCUAGUUUUAUGGUGGUGUCUCCCUGUAAGCCAUCCUACUGUUGAGGACGUGCUGUGUGCUUUUAGAAGUUAGAACAUUAUAUCUUUUGAUGUCGUUUGCUCAUUGAAUAAGCAUGGGCUUAUCAGCUAUGAAGUAGAAAACUUAAUAGUCUGAAUA